AUGAGCUGCCUCAGCGAUGCCUCUAUCGGGCCAGCGUUGCUUGCCACAAUCUACGCGGUACUUAGUCUUGCUCUCGUUGUCAUCAUAUCCAUACAGACAUCGCACGCGCUUGUCCAAGGCCGCCUCUCUCUUGUUGCAGCGUCUCUCGGCUUCAUUGCCGCCUUGACUCUGGUGUUGCUGUCGUACCAGGAACAUGCGCGGUCACCCAGACCAUCCAUCCUCAUCGUGACCUACCUCGCCAUUACCUGCCUUUUCGACGUGGCCAAGACACGAACCUUGUGGCUGCUGUUCGACGGGCCAUCACCUCUAGCAGCCAUCUCAACAGUAAUGGUGGCCCUGAAAGUGGUCAUGAUACUUGUCAAAUCGCAGAAUAAGACGAAAUGGCUUACUUGGAGCGACUCGAAAGAGCAUAGUCCCGAGGAGACGAGUGGAAUUUUUGGCCUCGUUGUCUUUUACUGGCUCUACAGACUGUUCAUGAAUGGCCAUCGAACCAUUUUGUGUAGCGAAACACUCUUCCCGCUGGACCAGGCUGUCUCGGCAUCCGUGCUCGCACCUAAGCUCGCCAAAAAACUUCGGACAUCGUCGUGGAGGGGGCGCAAAUGGGGAUUGGCCAAAGUGCUGUUUUCCACGCUGGCCCCGCAGCUGUUGCCACCUAUUAUUCCUCGAUUGGCUUUGCUCGCUGCCAGCAUGUGUCAGUCGUUUCUUAUCGAGGCUCUCCUUGACUUCCUGCAAGAAGACUCAGAAAAGAGCCACGGAUACGGGCUCAUCGGUGCUACGAUUUUGACGUACGGUCUCCUUGCUUUGUCAACGGCUUUGUAUGGAUACUUCCAGGAGCGCUUCGUCAUCAUGACGCGCGGAUGCCUGAUCACCGCCAUAUAUGAUCAGACAGUCCAGCUCGAGCUCGCCUCGUCAGCCGAAUCUGGAGUUCUCACUCUAAUGAGCACCGAUAUCAGCCGUAUAAUGACGGGUUUUCUAGACAUCCACGAGUAUUGGGCCAGUUCCAUCCAGGUUGGCCUGUCGUGUUGGCUGCUACAGAAGAAGCUGGGGACAGCCUUUGUCGCACCCCUCGUCGUGGUCGUGCUGAGUUUCCUGGCCAUGUUCUUCUUAGGCAAGGUCGUCGGUCGUUGCCAGAGGGCUUGGAUGGAAGCCGUUGGCAUCCGCGUGGGCACCAUGGCCACUGCAAUCUCCCAGAUGAAGCUGAUCAAAAUGUCGGGAAUGGAUGCCCCCAUCAAGAAGAGAAUCCAGCAGCUGCGCAUUGCAGAGAUCCGAGUCGGUGAGCGUUGGCGCAUGCUGGCCGUCACGGGAGCCGCUAUCUCGCAGGUCCCGUUGCUGAUAUCCCCUGUCUUGGCAUUCGCCACUGCCAUGAAGACGUUGAACACUACGUCUAUCUUCGUUUCAAUAUCUUACCUUACUCUCCUUGCGGCCCCACUGUUGGUGCUCUUCCAGAAGGUGCCCCAGCUUCUCAGCGCAUUCACAUCCCUUCAGCGCAUCCAGGAAUUCUUGGAGCGCGACACCAGAAAGGACUAUCGCAUCUCGCAUAGCCACAGCAUGUUUGCAGACAUGGGAAUGGAGGCGCACAACGGUUUUGAUAUGAACUUAUUGGAAGGAAGUGGAACCAGAGAUUCCUGCAUCAGUAUUUGUGACGGGGAAUUUGGAUGGUCUCAAGACACCCCGGUUCUCAAAGACGUCAACAUUUCCAUCCCGGCCUCUUGCCUUACCGCUGUCCUUGGACCUGUUGGAAGUGGGAAAACGACUUUUUGCAGAUACAUCCUCGGCGAGUUACCUUUUGCCCGUGGCUUUGUCCAUCUUUCGACUCGUAGAAAUAUCGGCUAUUGCGACCAGCAACCAUUCUUGACAAAUGCCCCGGUCCGAGACAACAUAGUGGCGUAUGGCGUCUUUGAUCAAGACCGAUACGAUGGCGUCGUUAUUGCGACCAUGCUUGACCGGGACAUCGCUUCCUUUCCCCAAGGCGAUCUUACGGUUAUUGGAAGUGGCGGCAUUGCUCUAAGCGGCGGACAGCGGCAGCGCGUGUCCAUGGCAAGGGCACUCUACAUGGCGGACACGGAUUUGCUCGUAUUUGACGACGUUCUAAGUGGUCUGGAUGCCCUAACAGAGAGUCGCGUAUUGCAACGCGUUUUUGGACCAGACGGCCUGCUGAGGAAACGUCGCGCGACGGCGAUUCUAUGCACACACAAUCCAAGGCAUAUCGAAUUCGUCGACCGUGUCAUCAGACUUCAUGAGGGCGGUCGUGUCACGGAGGAGGGCUUGCCGGCCUCGAAAAAGAUGGCCACGAUGCCUACGGCAGACUCGCAGUCCGACACUACCAUCCCAUCCGGAGCCGAGCUAUUGGCGACAAUUCCCACGCAAACGGAGACAGAGAGUCAAGACGUGGCUCGCAAGAGGCGCGAUCUCAAGGUCUACGGCUACUACUUUAGCACCGCUGGGAAAAUCACCCUGGUUUCUUUCGUCUUUACAUCGGCGUGCUAUAGUUUCUUCUUGAACUUUCCGCGCAUAUGGCUCACCUUCUGGUCAGAUGAUGCGGCUAGGAAGGAUGGCGGGCUUCGUCAGAUGCACUCUCGAGGAUACUACAUUGGCAUUUAUGGACUGCUGCAGCUCAUGUGCCUCAUGUCAUUCUCCGCUGCUGCAGCGCUUGUUCUGGGACCGAUGAUCCGACAGAGCGGGUCGAUACUCCAUCGGCGAGCGCUCGAUACAGUAGUGAAUGCGUCGCUGCAACUCUUUGUAAAGACGGAUCUCGGCGUCAUCACCAAUCUGUUCUCCCAGGACAUCACUCUGAUUGACGGAGAACUCCCUUUGGCAUUUCUCAAUCUUGUUUUGGAUAUAUUCAGCGUCAUCUUCAUGGGCGCAGUUAUCAUAGCGUCGACCCCAUGGCUGGGUUUGACGUACCCUGCCAUAGUAGGCAUUCUCUACGCCAUCCAGCACUUCUACCUCUUCACUUCGCGGCAGCUGCGCCUGCUGGAUCUCGAGGCUAAGAGCCCGCUAUACUCUCACUUUGUUGACACGCUGAAGGGUAUCUCAACGAUACGCGCCUCCGGCUGGACGGACAAGAGUAUCGAGAAAAACCUUGCCCUUCUCGACCGAUCUCAGAAACCGGCAUACCUGCUUGCUAUGGUGCAGAGGUGGCUCUACCUAAUGCUCAACACGGUCGUGAUGCUCAUUGCGAUAGUCUUGGCCUCCAUGAUGACGCAGCUCCGCCCAAGCUCCACCUUGUCGGGUGCCUCUCUCGUCACGCUCAUGAGUCUCAGUCAGUCCCUGGGUGACAUCGUGCGCUUCUACGCCUCUCUGGAGACUUCCAUUGGAGCCGUUACUCGUCUGAGGAACUUCUCUAUGCAGACACCAUUGGAAAAGUCUGACGGUUUUCAGCCAGACCACAACUGGCCAUCCAACGGCAGCAUAGAAGUUUCAAAGGCGUGGGCAUCCUAUGGUGGAAAAUCUUCCCUGAUUCUCCUCCUUUUGGGGUUCAUCGACCCUGUGGAGCACGAGGGGGUACAGGGCAGCGAUACGGUGUUCCUACCAACGGGAAGCACCGUGAUGGAGAACCUCGAUCCCGGGGGUGUAGCAACUCCGGAGCAGUGCCGUGAGGCCCUGGAGGACCUUGAUCUGUGGCAGCCCGUUCAGCUCCGAGGAGGCCUUGGUAGCCUGUUCGACGAGAGUCUCUUCAGCCAUGGACAGAGGCAGCUCUUCAGUCUCGCCCGUGUGGUCCUCAAGAGGAGAUUGAUGGUAGCGGGAGGAGGCGGUGCGGUGCUCCUCCUGGAUGAGUUCUCUAGCUCGGUCGAUGCCGUUAGCGAGCAGCGGAUGAUGGUGGCUGUCGAUAAACAUUUCUCAGGCUGCACAGUCGUCAUGGUGGCCCAUAGGCUGAAGACGGUGACCGAGUUUAGCGACCGGGUCUUCGUCAUAGACCGGGGACAGGUAGUCGAGUCUGGUGACCCGCGGGUAUUGGGAAGGAUGGAGGGAACGUGGUUUGCUUCGCUGCUCAAAGCCUCGGAAUAA